AUGAAAAAUAAGACUAAACAAAUUGAGGAAGAUGUCAAAAAAAGUAAAAUGGCUGUGGAAAGCAUUGUGAAGCAAUUGAAGGAAUUCUUUCCUGACCCUUGUACAAGCAUUUCCAAUAACAUCAACCAGUUGCGGUUGAAUGUAUCACAGAUACGGCAAAAGAUUCAAUUGGCAAGAACAAUUGUUUCUUCUAUGAAGAUUCCAGUUUCCCUGAAUGGGGAACAACAUCUGGAAAUGAUGCUGAAUCAAAAAACUGAGUCAAGAGAAAUUCAAACUUCAGUUGAAAUUUGCAUUAAACCAAGAACUACCGAUUCUGUAAUUUUGAGUCUUCAAGCCAACAAUUCUAUUAGUUAUUCUUUGGCUUUGGUUGAUAGUAAACCACUCUUGACCAUUUUGGAUGUGAACGGGGAGAUGUUGAAAACAUUAGAGCCAGAUACCAAAUUAAUCAAAAAUAACUGGUACCAAUUCCUUAUUCACAGAAAUGGUCAGAAUUUUAGUUUAAGUGUCAACCCAACCGAUUCCAAAUACGAGAGAAUCACAGUUCAAAAGUUCAUUCCAGAUUUUUCACCAGAACAAAUUCCUCUUUCAUUGGUUUCCUUAGGAGGUUACCCCAAGAAUUUUCCAAUAAAUAAUUCUGAGAAGCUAAAAGGUUGCAUUGCAUAUCUUAAUGUCAAUGGUCAUUCAACACGUAUCUUUUCUCCUUUAAAAAGUGGAUUGUAUCCCUCUGUCUGCAAAAUUGAUAGUGAAUCCUAUACAAACACAUCAAUGGUAUUUGAAGGAAAUGGAUUUGCAUUGUUGGAAUCGGAUGUUCUCAAGAAACCAUUCACUCUGGUUCGUCUCGGUUUUAAGACAUUUCAAAAAAAUGCUCUUCUCAUGAGCAUAAAAAACACCUCAAAAAUGUUAUUAAUUGUGACAUUAAUAGAAGGAAAUAUCCAUGUUGAAAGAAGAGGGAAAACUUCCAGUAUUGCCAGACAAAGCCAGGGAACUGAAUUCUCAAAUGGACAGCUUCAUACAAUUCAGGUUAUGGUGAUAAAAAAUCAACUAGAAAUAAAAACCUCAUCCGAGAAAGUUGAAUUUGAAGAUAAAGAUGCUAGCAGUGAUGAAAUGCUUUUUGAUGAAGGCAUCAGUCUUGGUGGUCUUGCCUCCAAUGUUAGAAAUGAAUCUAAAUACAGAUCUUACACUGGCUGUCUUUCAAAUGUCAGCAUUGAUAAUACACCAUUAAAUCUCCUUUAUUUGAAAGAUGGCCGCCAUGUCUAUCAAGGAGAAUGUCAAGGAAAUGUCUGGAUAUCAUGUGCUCAAUUUACAGAGUCAAGUGUCCCUGUUAGUUUGACCAAAUAUGACCAUGUUAGAUCAAUAUCACUGAUGGUCAGUGCACAAGCACAAGGAGUGGCUUUGUUCUUUGAAAGAAAAGAUAAAUUCAGCAUAAAGCUCCAGUUAACAACAAUGUCCCUGGAAGUUUUCGAUUAUAAAAAUGAUGAAAAUGAAAUAAUUCCAAAGAAAAAUGAAUCAAGAUUUUGGCAUCUUCUCCACAUUGAAGACCAACAAGGAAACAUUCAUAUUACUCUUGAUGGUGAGCAAAGUGUUGAUAUGGCCUAUAAAGAAAACACAGGAUGGUUUUAUUCAAAUGCUGACGAUUUUUCAAUGUUUGUCACUGUUGGAGGCUUACCAAAGGAUCAUGAACAUUUUAAAAAACUUGACACAUUUAUUGGGAGCAUAUCAACUCUCUUCAUUCAACAUUUACCAAUCAAUCUCAAUAGAGAAGUUGGCAGUUCCUACAAUUUGUUGGUUUGUGAAAAGCCUACUGUAGAAUUGUUCCCAAACAAAUUGAACUGUACAAACUCUGUAGGUGGAUGA